AUGAGUGUUAAGGCACCACUGCAGCCUCGGGUUCGAUUCCAGGCUGUGUCACAGCCGGGUGUGACCGGAAGACCCAUGAGGCGGCGUACAAUUGGUCCAGCGUCGUCCGGGUUGGGAGAAGGUUUGGCCAGCCGGGAUGUCCUUGUGUCAUCGUGCUCUAGCGACUCCUUGUGGCGGGCCGGGCGCCUGCAAGCUGACAUCGGUCGUCAGUUCAACAGUGUUUCCUCCGACACAAUGGAGGUGUUUCCAGUCCACUAUGGCCCUCUGUAUGACACAGCGCUGCAGACACUGGUGUGGGAGUUCCUCUCCAGACUGGAGGAGCUGCUGCCUGUACCAGACCUCACGCAGACAACAGCAUGGCUCGGUGCUGCCCCCUCUGUCCUAGAGGAAUGUGGACAGACUGUCUUUGACCCUGAACAACUGAAGACAGUGUUGCAGCACCAUCAGCAUCAUGGAAACCUGAACAAUAGUCAUGACUCUAAUUACACCACAGAUACCAUCCUGUCCACACUGUCCCUCCCUCCAAUAAUCAGAGUUGUUAUUAACUACGAACCAGACAACUCUGACAAUGUGAGGCCAUUCUCAGAUGACGAUGAAGACCACAAUGAAAUCCUGGAUGAAGACACUGAUAGAUGUUUGGAGGAUCUAGGACUGUCAACAUCACAGGAACAGGAGGGUCUGUCACCUGCAGAGACCUCAGUGUUGGUUACUCCAGUACCCUGUGAUGGUCGAUGGAUGAUCUUGGCAAAGGAUGCUUUCUCACUAAAAGGGAUGUAAACAAAUGUGUGCACAACAUUUGAGAGAAAUAAGCUUUUUGUGUAUAUGGAACAUUUCUGGGAUCUUUUAAUUCAGCUCAUGA